AUGGAGUCAAGUUCUCCAAUAUAAGUAAUUAUCUAUAAUAAUUAUUAGGCAAGUAUUAUUUCACAUAGAAAUGAUCCAAAUGAUGAUACAAUAUACUAUAAGAUAUAAAUAAAAAAUAAAACAAGCGAUGUUUGGGAAUUAGAAAAAAGGUAUUUGUGUAAUUGAAUUAGAUUUUCCCAAUUUGAAGAUUUGGCAAAGAAAUUAAAAGUUCUCUUUGGUGAAUAAUUGCCAACACUUCCAAAAAAGAAAUAUAUAACAUUUUUAGUAGGUAAGACACCUGAAGACAUAGAGAAAAGAAAAGCUGGCUUAGAUGAAUUUAUUCAAGUAAGAAUAAUAAGAGUAUGAUGAGAAUUUAGCAAGCAGACCAGAAGUAGUUGCUUCUGAACCAUUAAAAUAAUUCUUAGAAUUAGAAAAGAAUGCAAAAGAAAUUUUAGUGAAUCCUCCUAAAUUAUUAUUUGAAUUCAAAGGAUUUUUGCAUGGAGUUAGAGAUUUUACAGUAAGUACAGAAUAAGGAUUGAUGUUUGUAAUAACAUCUGAUUGUUCAGUAAUAAAUAGAUUGGAUGCUUAUUUGACAAAUAUGAAAGCUCCAUGGGAAUCAGAGAAAGGAGAUUAGGCAUUAAUACCAGUUGGAUGUGUUGAAUGUUGGUUAUAAUAAGAAAACGGAGAUUUUUAAAGAUUAUGGGUUAAAAUGUACAAUUCUUAAGCCAUUACUUGUUAUUGGAAUCCUGUAGCUUCAAUUUUGUUGGUAGGAUUAGAUAGUGGAUCAAUUAAUUAUUUAUACGUUCCUGAAAAAGAAGGAUUUAAGAAAUUUACUGAAAGUAUGGAAAUUGAAUAGCAUACAGACAGAGUCAUGGGAUUAUAUUAUGAUGUUAAAAGAAAAUACUUGCAUUCAAUUUCUAAAGAUAGAAAAUAUAGAAUUUUAAAUCUAAGGAAAGGGGAAUUAGUUGCAGGUGUAUUAAUUUUAUUAUUUUUAGAUAUUGAACCUGAUUAAUAUGAAUUAACAUGUUUAUUGGGAUGUGAUGAAAGAAAGAAAACUUUUGUUGGAGAUAGGCAUGGUGAAAUAUAUAUUUAUGAUAUUGAAAAAGUAUAGAUUUAUAAUAUAUUAUUUAGAAAAGACCUAAAUUAAUCAUUAAGAUUCCAACGAAUUAAUUAUUUAUUCGUGGGUUUUUCAUAGAUAACUAAAGGAAUUAUCUAUUUUCAAUUAGUCAUGAAAAUGGAGUUAUUUUGAUUAUAGAUAUUUAAUUACCUGGCAGAGAAUAAUAUUCUAAAGAAGUUGCUUAAUUAAAUGGAAAAUCAAAAAGCAGAGAAAUUGGUUGGUCAUCAAAAAGAGGAGAAAUCUAUGUUGGUAAUAUUGAUGGUACUGUUACUAUAUGGGAUGCUAAAAAAUCUCGAUAAUUAUGUAAUAAUAUUUCUUAAUUUAGAUGUGCUAAAAGCGCAUGAUUCAGAUAUCACAAAAUUAUAAUGGCUUGAUGCUGAUUAAACUCUUUUGACAGCUGCAAAGGAUAAAGUCAUAAAGGUUUGGUCUAUGCCAUAAUAUUGGAGAGAUCCAAAAAUUGUGGAAAAAGAAUUAGAACAAGAAUAAUUAUAAGCUAAACAAUAAAAUGCAGACUUUAUCUAUAAGAAUGUCUAAAAAUAAUUUGAUUAAAAAUUCUAAGACGAAGAUGAGGAUGAUAUGGCUGUUUGGCAUAAAGAUUAAUAAAGACAUUCAGAUACUAAGUAUGAAGAUAUUGUUGAAUUAAAAUGAG